CCUAUAACUAUUUAACCUUUGAAAAUUAUGUCCAUAGACAAACAUAAGUGGUAUAUAUAUUUACAUUUGCAUAUUGUCAGUGAAGAAAAUCUAGCUACUACUGUUGCUUUAAAAUAGAGAUUGACAGCACAAAUAACAUUUGUUUCGAUAUAUUGUGCAUCACAUGGUCUCAUUUCCUGCACUGAAACAGGGUCCUUGAAGUUCGGGUUUUGCGUGGGUGGCUACUAGUGUAUUUAAUGCACUGGAUCUUAUAUAUUGAUACGGGCAGGGCUGUUGCAGCAUUGCACAUUGAUGAAGACACGCGAUCGCGUCGUCUGUUUCAAUGGAAUGGUAAGGAAUCUCAUCUAGUGCGUCUUGAUUCUCGUCUCCCAAGCAGAACCGUAAGACGCCAAAAUCAGCAAGGGAUCAUACCACGCAGUCCUUGUCAAGUCCCCUGUUCUGUGAUAAUGCUCUGAGUCACCUUCCUGUUGCAACAUGUACAUCACAGACCACAGCCCCACUACUGGGGUGGUGACAAUCGUAGUGAUCCUCAUUGCUGUUGCUGCCCUCGGUGUUCUCAUCUGCGGAUGUUGGUGCUACCUGCACCUGCAGCGGAUUGGCCAGUCUGAAGAUGAGGAGAGUAUUGUAGGAGAGGGCGAGACCAAGGAGCCCUUCCUGAUGGUACAGUACUCCACCAGGGGCCCUCACGUCGAGCACAAAACCAAGCUCACCCACAACGGCACUGAGAAUCACACUUAACUGAGUCAUUAAGAAACCGUGGUCAUCACCUAAUAUUAACCAAGAGGAUCACCUCAUUCACAUUUCCUGCUGAUCAUCAUCUUUCAUCACGCCAUUGAAGGAUGAUAAACGGACUGCAGCUCAAUGUCAAUGUCUUAGGAAAUGUGAUAUUUUUGUUUCUCAUUCCACUGUGGAUCUCAGUCAGGAUGUGAGGUUGUGAACAGUUCAUUGUUAUGUUUCUUAAGUAUGCAUAUUUUGAACACAAAAAUGUACAUUGAUUGAUGUUGAUCGUUUUUGUUAACUCAGCAAUCCACUACUGAAUUGUGACGGUAGACACAAGACAGCGCUCUGAACAAAUGAGUGGGAAAAACCUUCUUCAGAGCUUGUUGGGAGAAUGUAUGACAAAUUGAUGACAAAACACUUCACUUAAUAUCAAGUUGCUCAUAUUAUUUGAAAUUAGCUUCAGUUGUUUGUUUAUUUUGCAUAGUUGAACUUGGUUUUGUUUACCUUCAGUAUUCAAAUGUGAGUUAAUAGCCAUUCUAAUAAUUUGCUAAAUGCCAAAUUUGUCCAAAGAUACAAAGUGUGAUUCACUGCCUAAUUUAUGUCUCUUGUUGCUGCUACUUACUAAAUAAUCUAGUGUACAAAAUACUGUUUCUUUUCUCCUGUGGUUGCGCAGGCAACCACUCAACUAAAACCAGUCACUGAAAGGGUAAUUCUCCUUUGAUAAACAAUCAUAUUUCACAAGCACAACAGGGUCCAGGGUCUGAGUUUUAGUGAGGUCCAGACUCUAAAAUACUAUUUGGAGAACAGCAAAAAUGUGGCCAUGAUUACUACACCUUUAGAUAGCUGGCUAGACUAAUUUAACAAUCUAAAAAAAUGUAAUUGACAUGGGCUAAUUGAGUGACAGUCAGUGAGUGACAUAUAAGAAGAGGGAAACUGCUGAUGCACGACCAAGUUCGAAGUUGCCCCUUGUGUAUUCUAACUCUCAACAGUAAGUUGAGACCCCAACUGUUCCUAAAGAAAUUCGAGAUUAUUAUGUAUUUUUAUAAUGUUGGCAAGGUCCGUACCUCGGUGUCCUCAUAUGUAGCUACAACACUAAGUAGCUGCUACACCUGACAUGGGUUGAGAAGUCCUGCCAAGAAGCUACCAAGAGCCAAUUACAUAUUUUCUAUAUUCAGUUGCAACAUAGGAAAUCCUGAUGGCCAGAUUCUAUGGUAGCUGAGCAGGUUGAUAUUUGACGAAACAAUUUUAUAAAGUAUUAUGAAAUGUAAAUAACAUUAUGAAGACUAUUGUUCUCUAUGUCAUUUGAUGUGCCAUUGUAUCAUUUCCAAAUCAACUUUAAUUGUUAUAUCGGUCCAUAGGCCUUAUGAUUACUUUUAGAUUAAAUCCUAACAGGUGUA